AAUUGCCGUUAAUAACAAGUUUGUUGGUGUGGUGCACUACACCCUGUAACUGUAUCCUCUCUCCUCUUAGCACUCUCCGUCUCUCUCUCUCCCACCAUCACAGUUGUCCCAACAACAUAAUCUAUCUAGGGUUCUGCUUUUCCACGAUUAUUUCAACGCGAAUCUAACUUCAAUUCGCACAUUAGAUUCCAUCACACCACUUCACUCCUAACUUAUUCUUAAUUCCUCACCAUUUCAUAUCACCUGCAGACUGCAGUUCAUUCAGAUCUCUUACUUUCUGCUAACUUGUGCAAUACAUAAUCUUCGUUUAUCUGUUAACUGUGUUGUAUGGCUUUAGUUCAGCCAUCUGCUCUCUGUUUCGGUUCGGUUUCCUCGAGUUUUCGACCGUCUUCCUGGUCCAACAGGUUCUCAAGUUCCACCGGUUCCAGAUCGUGUGAUGUUGUGAAAGGUUCACGCUUAGCAUUAACACCAUCAGUUUAUCGGUCGUCGGAGUUUUCGUCUACGAGAAGUGGAAAAGUGCUGGCAAGUGUUCAAGGAGCGAAUGAAACCGAUGAAUCCUCACUUGUGGUUUGUUUCGGGGAAAUGCUAAUAGAUUUCGUGCCUACAAUCAACGGGCUUGCGUUAGCUGAAGCCCCUGCCUUCAAAAAAGCACCUGGUGGUGCGCCUGCAAAUGUUGCGGUGGGAAUUGCUCGUCUCGGUGGUUCGUCUGCUUUCAUCGGGAAGGUUGGAGAAGAUGAGUUUGGUUACAUGCUUGCUGAUAUUUUGAAAGAAAAUAACGUGAAUAAUGAAGGAAUGCGGUUUGAUCCUGGUGCUCGUACUGCUUUAGCGUUUGUGACACUGAGAAAGGAUGGCGAACGCGAAUUCAUGUUUUACAGAAACCCUAGUGCUGAUAUGCUUUUAGAGGAGUCUGAACUUGAUCUUGAUUUGAUAAGAAAGGCAAAAAUAUUCCAUUAUGGUUCCAUUAGUUUGAUUACUGAACCGUGCAAAUCGGCUCACAUUGCUGCAACAAAAGCUGCAAAGGAUGCUGGCGUUCUUUUGUCUUACGACCCGAAUCUGAGGCUUCCGCUAUGGCCAUCUGCAGAGAGCGCUCGAGAAGGAAUCUUGAGCAUUUGGGAUACAGCCGACAUUAUUAAGAUAAGUGAAGAGGAGAUUGUUUUCUUAACAAAUGGAGAAGAUCCGUAUGAUGACAAUAUUGUGCGUAAAUUAUAUCAUCCAAAUCUUAAAUUGCUACUUGUGACUGAAGGACCAGAUGGCUGCAGAUAUUACACCAAGGAGUUUAGUGGAAGAGUGAAAGGCAUAAAGGUCGAUCCUGUGGACACAACCGGUGCCGGAGAUGCUUUUGUAGCUGGAAUAUUAUCAAAAGUUGCCGCAGAUGUCUCAUUGCUCAAGGAUGAAAACCGGUUAAGAGAAGCGCUUAGCUUUGCAAAUGCUUGUGGUGCAAUUACCGUUACAGAAAGAGGUGCGAUUCCAGCUUUACCGACUACAGAAGCUGUCAAUGAUGCUUUGCUCAAGGCGGUUGCAUAAUUAAUUAUCCAUGCAAAUUCAGGUUGUAUAUUAGUCAUUUCCAUAAACACGUUGCAUUUUUCCACAACUGUGAGCUAAUAAUUGUUAUUUCCUCCUUUAACUAUUAAGCCCGGUUAUCCUCUUAGUGCAACCGAGGGGAGAGAGAAAACAGUCGGGACUCAUGAAAUUAUGUCUUGUUAGUCGGAUGAAUUAGAUAAAUAAAAGAAGUUGUGGGAUAUGCAUAAGUAA